AUGGCUGAGAAGAACAAAAGCUCCAGUUGAAUAAGCAUAUUAUGAUGAUGAUUUACAGGCAAUGAUGGGCCCAAAAAGAGAACCAGAAAAUCUCCUAAACUUGACGAAGAUGAAAAUGAGAAUGUAAUGUAUAUCAACGAGAUGCAAUCACAAUUUAUGUAUAUUAACCCAGAAAAUGAAGAAGAAGAGGAUGAUGAAGAGGGUAAAGUUUCAGGCCAAAGUUCCAAAAGUUUCAGAAAAAGUCAGAAAUCUAAUAAAUAAAAAUAAGAAUUCUAAAUCAAGGCUUCAAGGAAGGUUAAUAAGUCAAGGUACUCCAACCAGAACAACUCUAAAUCAGAGAGCAGCGAGGAUGAGAAAUCUGAAUAUGUCAAUAAAGAUGAAACCUAUACAAAACCUCAAUGAUAACACGUCUAAAGAUCAAUCUAUUAUUAAGAGAAAACCAAAGAAAGAGCGCUCGACUAUUAGAGCAAAGAGAGAAAAGGAGAUGUCAAUGAAUAGUAUCUCACUAGCUAAAUAACCGGGUUAUUUUUGAUAACAAAAACGGGUUCAGGACCUCCAAUCUUGUAUUUAGCUCAGUAAUAGCCCCUGGUGAAGAAGAUGAAAUUAAUGAAUAUGACAAAGAAAAAUUUGAGCCUCACAAAUAUUACCAAGAAGUUGACAGUUCAGCAGCAAUUAUGAGAAAUAGAAAGACAAGAGAAGUCUAUUAUAAGAACAGGAAGAGAAAAGUCGAUCAAGAUAGGGAAAGUAAUGAUCACCAAAGAAAUUUCAUAGAAGAUGAAGAUGACUCAGAGUAUGCCGAUCCUCAACCCCAAGAGCCAAAGGAAUAUAAUAAUUUUAUCAGUAGUCCAGCUAAUGAUAGUGUAUCUACUUCUAAUGCAAAUAUGGUGAACGCGGUUAAAGAAAAUUUUAUCACAAAUGAACACUCAAAUCAAAGUUCAUUUUUAAGAAAUGACAAAAUGAGCAAGCAAAGCAUCCAAGAUGCAAGUAUGGCAAAAGGAACUAUUAAUGAAACUUUAAAUGAAGCUAAACUGGCUCCUAGAAAGAUUCCUUCAAAGAAACAAUCAAGUGACAAAAGGAGACGGAUAGUGAAUACGAGGCAAAAUUUAAUCACUGGGAGCUCUGAGAACGCUGAUCGAAAAAGCACACAUCCUAUGGUUUCUUCCCCACCUCUAAAUCCUCAAAAACGACCUCUUUCAAAGACUGGUUUGAUAACUGAUCUCCAUAUGCCCCCUCAAAAUGCUGCAAUAAUUGGCAUGAAAUUGGUAGAAAAACCUUCAAACGAUAGAGACCCUACAUCCAUCCUCCCCACUAGAUCUCACCCAGACACCAUCUCGAAUCUGUACAUUAAAGCGGUCACCCAGAAUGCAGCAGGCGGGCAAAGACAAGAAGUUGACUUGGACAGGCAGGAACGGAAGGAAGAGAACAGUGAACAACUUUAAAAACACAAAUGUCAACUUGGCCAGCUUCUUGAAUAAGAGAAAAGUUGAGCAAGCUGAAGACAUCGUUGAGAGACAACUUUCCGAAAUUGAGAAUCUUUUUGAAAGAAGGGCUCUACCUAAGCAGAAGCCAUCACAAGCAGAACUAACGAAUGAGGGUCUUAAUUUGUCCUCCUCAGAUGGACUCACCUCCAAGAUUUCUAGUGUGAGCAAGGCCUAUUCAAGGAAAAAAAAGAUUUUGAAAAGGUCACUUUUUCAAUAACUAUUAAAGUUUUUGGCCACUUACGAACCAUAGCCAUGAGACCGAAGGCUUAAUGAAAAUUUUAGGUUUUGAAAAUUGCUACCGUUUUAAGCCUAUCUUCUGGAUCAUAAAGACUUUUAAUCUUAGUUUUUGAA